GUAGCCGCUAGGUGGCGGUAAUUCAAUUCUUCGAAGAGAGAGUUUAGGUCAAAGUUAAAAGUUCAACGUAAUCGGCAGCGCUUUCUUGACGUUACGCUAACAAUGGCUAAACAUCAUCCAGAUUUAAUCUUUUGCAGAAAACAGGCUGGUGUUGCUAUUGGGAGACUAUGCGAGAAAUGUGAUGGAAAGUGCGUCAUCUGUGAUUCCUAUGUGAGACCGUGCACUCUGGUGCGCAUCUGUGACGAGUGUAAUUACGGUUCCUACCAGGGUCGGUGUGUGAUCUGUGGUGGCCCAGGUGUUUCUGAUGCUUACUAUUGUAAAGAGUGUACCAUACAGGAGAAAGACAGAGAUGGAUGUCCAAAGAUUGUAAACUUAGGCAGCUCCAAGACUGAUCUGUUUUAUGAAAGGAAGAAAUAUGGCUUCAAGAAGAGGUGAAGGCAUCACAGCUUAGUCUCAGGUUUUAGUUUUUACACAUGUGCAGACUUUCUGUAAAACCUCAAAAGUUUUUGCUCGUCAAUAAAAUUGUUUUUUAUUUCUUUUA